AUGACGCGCUCGCGCAAUAGCCCCGUUCCGACGCUCCCGAUCGAAAUAUGGUCCACGGUGUCGCGCUACGUACCGCUUACUGACCGCGUGGCGAUGCUCGCGACGUGCAAGGCGAUGCGAGAGGUGCGCGCGCGCGCGGGACGUCUCGAGAGCGGCGUUCUUCGCGAGCGCGACGCCGCGACUAUCGCGUACAUAGGUCAACACAGGCAUUACUUCGUCGACGCUGACGGUGCGCCGUGCGUGGAUGGGGAGGCGGUCGGCGCGUUUGCGCGCGCUUUGGUGCCGUACUCGAAUCGAUUGUUUCCGCUCGACGUAAUCGACGUGGAACGUAGAGAUAAGGCGCAUCAACGCGCAUGGUUUUGCGCCGCGAUGGUGGAGGCAUUUGCCGACGGUCUGGAUGACGUGCGGUUCCUGACGAUGACGGAGACAGAGAAGGCUUGCCAGGUGACGAGCGCCAUGGCAGGAUCGACGAUCGAUUUGAGUCAUCAGGCACGAGGAAAAGCAGUCGGGAUGUUUCUGCGCACGGACAUUGACUUUUUGGAGGAAGAUUGGAUGGAUGGACAGUACGAUGCGAACGAUUGGAGAGAGGCGCACUACGAGGCAGAAAACACGGAUGAAGAGGUGCACAUCGAUGAGUACACACUCGGCGUGGACCGAAUCGAUCGCGGCGGUGAGUCACGAGUGGAGGUAUCAGACGCGAUUGUUCACGACGCGGAAUUGUUUCGCGCCGAGAUUAGAAUAUUCUUGAUGACGCACGGCGUGCUUGGUACGAAGACACUCUCGCAUCUGCUCUCUGAGCACGCACAAGGCGCCGGGAUUGAAUCGGCGUUUCGAUUCAAGACGUUUACGAUUGGUUUCAUGGGUUUGCUUUCGACUAGGAAGCACACGAACGUGAGCUUCCUCCGCACGCUCAUUUCGCCAAACUUCCAAUGGUUUAUACUGAGGAUGGCACAGUUUCGAGGGAGCGACGCGAGUGAAGCGGAGACGUCAAUUACCUACGUGCCCGAAGGCAUGGCCUCUUUAUCUCUUCAAGCCGAGAUGGCCUUGUAUCGAGCGUCGUCCGUUCCUGAGCUCACGACAGUGGCUGCGUUUGAGCUGACCGAUAACCUAAACGCCAACCUGGGCAGUGUUUUUGAUCCGCAAGAGAUUUUCAACGAGAACAUUAUCGCGUUGAGUAAGCUGCUGAGCAUCAUCCUCAGAGAAACCGCUCCAGGUGAAGUAUCAUUCGCGCGCAUAGUCUUCGGAGUCACAGAUCGAUGGGAUCCUACGUAUAAGCUGAUGUUACUUGGUGCUCUGUGGGAAAUAUGUCCUCAGACGCAGUAUCUACUCGAGGCGUUCUUUUCUCGUGAACUCAGACCCGCGCCUCCGGGUGCGUACGAGCUCAGAGAGGCUCGGCAUCGAGACCUUCCAGCUUCGAGAGUUGGCGCUAAAUUUCUCGCAGUCUUCAAACAACGUCAUCACUUGCGUCUGAAGGCAAACACGUGCGUCGCCAUAUUCGAGAUCGCUCGCCAGCAAUGGAGCGAGUCCGAGCGCGAGCGCGUCACGGUGGCUAUCCUCAGAGACUGUCAAAUCGGCUUGUGCAUGUCUGUGACAGAAUGCGAGUUCGGUUGUUGCCGCCACGGGAUCAACAGCAAUAUUCUCGCUCUUAUGGUGUAUUUAGGCGAAGCCGGUUACACGAAAAGUAAAAAGAGAAACGCCGUGAAACCACCAAAAAGUCCUCGACCGGUGAAAAUCGACGAGGACGCGCGCGCGGACGAGUCGCUAUUCGACAUCGACUUUGAAUACGACACGGACACGCUCGUACACCGCGAGAACGGAUCCAAUCGAACCUUCGCCGCGCAUAACUGGCUCGCGCCGGAAGAGUGA